GCUGUCGUCGUCACUGAUGGAGAAAGGAUUUUGGGUCUUGGAGACCUGGGUGUGUACGGGAUGGGAAUUCCGGUAGGAAAAUUGUGUUUAUAUACAGCCUGUGCAGGGAUACAUCCGGAUAAAUGCUUGCCUGUGUGCAUCGACGUUGGAACUGAUAAUACGACACUCUUAAAAGAUCCGUUUUAUAUGGGCCUGUACCAAAAAAGAGAUCGCUCGCAGGUCUACGAUGACCUCAUCGAUGAAUUUAUGGAAGCUAUUACAGACAGGUAUGGCCAGAACACGCUUAUCCAAUUUGAAGACUUCGGGAACCACAACGCUUUUCGGUUUUUAAGGAAAUACAGAGAGAAAUACUGCACCUUCAAUGAUGAUAUUCAAGGGACAGCAUCAGUGGCCUUGGCGGGACUCCUGGCAGCACAGAAAGCCACCGGGAAACCACUCGCGGAGCAGAAAGUGCUGUUCCUUGGAGCAGGAGAG